AGUUGGCAUGACAAUCAUCAUAAACAUGAACCACUUAACAAACAUCUCAUCAAACUACAACCAACCCCCUAAACUUUCCCCAUAUUUCACUUUCAUACCCUUUCUUCUUCAUAUAUAUACACACCACCAUGAAUCUCACUCCAUUACUCUCUUCCCCUCAAUUUCCCCAAUCACAGCUAUGGGUUUCCCUGUUGGUUACACCGAUCUAUACCUCCCCAAACUCUUUCUACACCUCCUAACCCUUCUGGGUCUCAUCCGUAAACUUAUCUCCUCCAUUUUCCGAUUCGUCGGUCUCAGCGAUUUCCUCGAACCCGAAUUCUCAUCCGACCCGACCCGAAACGAACAAGUUACACAUUUCCACUCAAUAUCCGCUCUCCUGAUUCGCGAGCUCCUCCCGGUUGUUAAGUUCUCGGAGCUAGUGGAUCCGCCGGAGAGUUGUGCGGUUUGUUUGUAUGAAUUUGAAGCCGGUGAUGAGAUCCGGCAGCUUAUCAAUUGCCGACAUAUAUUUCAUCAGUGUUGUCUGGACCGUUGGAUGGAUCAUGAUCAGAAAACUUGUCCGCUUUGUCGGACAACGUUUGUACCUCAUGAUUUACGGGAUUCCUUUAAUGAACGAUUGUGGGCGGAUUCAGGUGUAGCAGAAGCAGAGUGUGAUUCGUCGUUGGUUAGUGUUAGAAAUUGAUUUUAGUUUUUUGAUGAACAGAUUAGAGAAUUAUAUGGAAAAUUGUAUAGACGAAACAAUGGAUUAGAGUUAAUGGAUGGAUAUAUUGAUUUCUUUUUUCUUUAUUUUGAUCUAUUUAAUCAAAAAGAUUGAUCGUGAACUUCUCAAA